AUGAACGAUGACCCAACACUUUAUGAAACAUGCAAAGACACCUCUUCCACAUACGAUGAGGAUAUUUGUUCCACUUGUUUGAGAAAAAAUUCUGGUGCGAUUAAAAUAACGGACUUAGAUUAUGAUGGUCGAACUUUCCUUGAAAAAUUGGAAGCUUGUGUUUUCCCCAAACUGGAGGUGCACCGAGAAAACGUUCCUAGAAUAUGCCGUGUUUGUAUUACCUCAUUAAACCUAUCCUUCAAAUUCAAAAAGACUGCAACAGAUUCGUUGAGGACACUUAAAUAUAUCUCUGAAAAAAAUGUCGAAUACGAUGACGAAGAAAUUGAUAUAAAAAUGGAGUCAGAUUUCCCAAACGAUAAUGAACUUGAUAACAGUGAAUUAGACAAUGCAGUCCUUGUUCUCACCAAACUCACUAAUGGUGAAACGAGUCGAAAUAUCAUAGAACUGAAUUGUAGAGAAUGUUCACUAACGUUUAGAGAACAAUCUGAAUACGAGGAACAUAUGGUUAAGAGUCAUAAUAAAAAGUUGGUGUGCGAACUUUGUGGAAAACCGUUUAAAACCUACUCUAGAUUGAAGGAACAUGUAGCAUCCCACACAAGGGAGAAAAAUUAUAACUGCACCAAUUGUAAUAAGGCAUUCUCUCGAAUGUCUUCAUUAAAACGACACAUGACAACUCAUUACGCACCUCCAGGACAAAAGUCAAAGAAGACACCUUUUCUUUGUACGAUUUGCGGUAAAAAUUUCCCUUUUUCUAAUGGGGCAACAAGACAUAUGAGGAUUCACUUAGGGAUUAAAACACAUGAAUGUCAAAUUUGCCAUAAGCAGUUCAACCAGUCUACUCAUUUGCAAGUUCAUAUGAGAACACACAGUGGGGAAAAGCCAUACAUUUGUGAAAUUUGUGGUGAUUGUUUUAGUUUGAAAGCCGGAUUACAUAAACAUAUGAAAACAAAACAUAAACAAGAAGAUAAGUUGGACAACACUCAAAAUAAUGUAUUCUUCACUUGAUGAAUGUUUCUUAAUAAAUGAAUGAUGAUUAGUGUA